GCUCUGACGGCUCCUCCGAUUGUCUCGGCAGUAAUGUGACGUUGACGUUCGUCCCUUCUGUGUAAAGGAAACCUGGGAAGUUUCUCUCUGUCCAGGAAACUAAACCAUUUCUUCUGUUCCUUGACGUUUGGAAGAUCUCCGGUUAUGGAUAAAUUAAAAUCGGUUCUUAGCGGCGAAGAGUCGAGGCGAGAUGACCGCAGCGUUUUACAGUCUGUGAAUGAAGCAUCAACUUUAGGCUGGGGGACCCGCAUAAAGGGGUUUAUCGCCUGUUUCGUGGUGGGAGGUGCAUGCACAGUUUUGGGAGUAUGUAUGCUGUUUCUGCCCAGGAUUGGCCUCACUCUUUUCAUUGUAUUCUACACAUUUGGAAACAUUUGCGCUCUUUGCAGCACAAUGUUUCUGAUGGGGCCGCUGAAGCAGCUGAAGAGGAUGUGUGACAAAACAAGAGCACUGGCGACCGCAAUCAUGAUUACUUGCCUUGUUUUAACACUGUGUGCAGCAUUCUGGUGGAAGAACUUUGGACUUGCUUUGUUAUUUUGCAUUUUGCAGAUCUUGUCCUUUUCCUGGUACAGUCUGUCAUACAUCCCUUGUGCCAGGGAGAUGAUCAUGAAAGGUGUGUCUAUCUGCAUUAAGUGAACACGCUGUUGGGAGCCGAAGGUUUAAAAAAGAAUGAAGUAUUUUAAAGGCUGGGAUGGGGUUCUGGAUAAAUCUGCUCAAAACCUCCUUCUCUACUGGCUUUGAUUUGAAGAAACUGUCUAUUUAAUGCAAAAUAGGCAGAAAAGGCCCAUUUUUUACCUCAAUAGAUCUUCUCUUGCUUUAUUAAUCCAAUCUAUUUUUUUAAGUCGAAUGAUCAUUUUAAGUAAAUCUAAAAUGUGGCCCUAAAUAAUUGUAUUAUGUGUAAAUAUAUGUAAAAAAAUA